GAGCGGGGCGGGGUGCGGCUCCUUCCACGUGGGACGCUGGGCAGUGACAGGAGCCGAUCGCCGCCUGCACCGCGCCAGGGACCAGCUGGGCUGUGGCCGCCUGUCCGGAGCUGCCCCGGGCACGCACGGGAAGCAGGGAGAGGAUGAUCUUUGCCGCCACUGCCAGCAGCAGCAGCAGCCCGUGAAGGAGAGAAAAACAAGCGCAGGGAGAGCUGGGAGAGAUUAUUCAUGAUGUCUGUCAAGAAGGAAGGUGCCCAGAAGAAAUGGGCUGCCAUAAAGGAGAAACUUGGGCCCCAGGAGACUGACCAGUCAGAGGCCAACCUAGAAAAUGCAGAGCCAGAACUAUGCAUUCGCCUCCUCCAAAUGCCCUCAGUAGUGAACUACUCUGGUCUCAAGAAGCGACUGGAGAGCAGCGAUGACGCCUGGAUGAUCCAGUUCCUGGAGCUGAGUGGCCUAGAUCUGCUCUUAGAGGCCCUAGACAGGCUGUCUGGAAGAGGAGUAUCCAGGAUUUCUGAUGCCCUGCUUCAGCUCACCUGCAUUAACUGUGUGCGAGCUCUCAUGAACUCCCACAAGGGGAUCGAAUACAUUGUCAGCAAUGAAGGCUAUGUCAGGAAACUCUCUCAAGCACUGGACACAUCUAAUGUCAUGGUCAAAAAACAGGUGUUUGACCUGCUAGCUGCACUCUGCAUUUACUCAGUGGACGGACAUGCUCUGGCUUUGGAUGCUCUGGACCAUUAUAAGACUGUGAAGAACCAGCAGUAUCGAUUCAGUGUCAUAAUGAAUGAGCUCUUCGCUACGGAUAACGUGCCUUACAUGAUAACGCUGCUAAGUGUUAUUAAUGCCGUGAUCCUGGGGACUGAAGAACUAAGAAUCAGGACGCAACUCAGAAAUGAGUUUAUAGGUCUUCAGUUGUUGGAUAUUUUAAACAAGCUAAGAGACAUAGAGGAUGAGGACCUGUUUAUCCAGUGUGAGACAUUUGAGGAGUCCAAGGCCGAAGACGAUGAGGAAUUGUUAAAGAUAUGCGAUGGGAUUGACAUGAACAAUCACCAAGAGGUCUUUUCGUGUCUUUUCAAUAAAGUGAGCAGCUCUCCGGUCGCCAUCCAACUGCUGUCCAUUCUCCAGACCCUUUUGCAUUUGGAACCUUCUCAUCGCUCCAACCUGUUGUUGUGGGAAUCUUUGGAAAUCUUAGCGAACAGAGCCAUUUUGCUUGCCAAUGACAUCCAAGGGAACAGCAUUGAAGAAGUCCUGGAGAGACUGUUAUCCAUAAAGAAGUGCCCAAACCAACGAAACUUAGAGCAAAAGCGAUCAGCUGAGAGAAUGAGCCAAAGCACUCAGACCGACACAGAUUUCGGGGAGUCCCUGAAUGCAGCUCAGAGCUCUACUACGACAGCCUUCCCUCCAGUGACAGCAGCACCUUCACUGGGGCCACCAGGAGCCACAGAGAAUGUCUCACCCUCCCAGCUAGCAGCCUGCUUCACUUCACCAGGGCAGUGCAUAUCCCUGCCUAGUGCUGCUCCUCCUCCUCCCCCACCACCACUGCCCGGCAUGGCAACUGUGCCAGCCCCUCCUCCCCCACCACCACUGCCCGGCAUGGCAGCUGUGCCAGCCCCUCCUCCCCCACCACCACUGCCCAGCAUGGCAGCUAUGCCAGCCCCUCCUCCCCCACCACCACUGCCCGGCAUGGCAACUGUGCCAGCCCCUCCUCCCCCACCACCACUGCCCGGCAUGGCAGCUGUGCCAGCCCCUCCUCCCCCACCACCACUGCCUGGCAUGGCCGCUGUGCCAGCUCCUCCUCCCCCACCACCACUGCCUGGCAUGGCCGCUGUGCCAGCUCCUCCUCCCCCACCACCACUGCCUGGCAUGCCUCCGCCUCCUCCCCCACUGCCCGGCCUGGGAGGUGUGCCUCCGCCUCCUCCCCCACUGCCCGGCCUAGGAGGUGUGCCUCCGCCUCCUCCCCCACUGCCCGGCCUCGAGGGCAUGCCACCCCCUCCCCUUCCAGAAGGCAAUGUGGAGGAAGUAGUGGUUGCCCACGUUGACUAUGCUUUGGGCUAUGCCAGGCCUUUCCCCAGGAAGGUGAAGACUCCAACCCUGAGAAUGAAGAAACUCAACUGGCAGAAACUGCCCUCCAAUGUGGUGCGAGAAAGUCGCUCCAUGUGGGCAUCAGUGAGCAGCGGCAGCGAUGAAACUAUAGAGCCUGAUUACAUGAGUAUUGAGCAGCUUUUUUGUUUUCCGCAAACAAAGCCCAAAGAGAAAGCGGCUACCCCAGUGAAAGUGGAACCAAAGGAGAUCACAUUCUUAGACUCCAAGAAGAGUCUCAAUCUGAACAUAUUUUUGAAGCAAUUUAAAUGCUCAAAUGAAGAGGUAGUUGACAUGAUUGAAAAAGGGGACAGGACCAAGUUUGAUGUAGAGGUUCUGAAGCAGUUACUGAAGCUGCUACCUGAAAAGCAUGAGAUAGAAAACCUGAAAGCCUUCAAGGAAGAAAAAGCCAAGUUAGCAAGUGCAGAUCAAUUUUAUCUUCUCCUCCUCAGGGUUCCCAGCUACCAGCUGCGGAUUGAGUGUAUGCUGUCAUGUGAAGAGACCACCGUUAUGCUAGAUAUGCUACAGCCAAAAGCAGAAGCGAUCAGGAAAGCCUGUGAAGAUCUUCUAACGACCCAUCGCCUGCCAGUUUUUUGUCAACUGAUUCUCAAAGUUGGAAACUUUCUUAACUAUGGAAGUCACACUGGAGAUGCCGAUGGCUUUAAAAUUAGCACUUUACUCAAACUAACUGAAACCAAAGCAAACCAAACCCGUAUUACUCUGCUCCACCAUAUUCUGGAGGAAGUAGAGAAGAGUCACACAGACCUCCUACAGCUUCCCAAGGACCUUGAAUGUGUCUCAAAGGCAGCCGGAAUUAAUCUUGAAAUCAUACGCGCAGAAUCCAGUUCCAGUUUAAAGAAGCUGCUGGAACUUGAACGAAAGGUUUUGUCCUCGAAAGAUGACGUGAAAGCCCAGUAUGAGACGCCCAUCCAGGACAGCAUAAAUGCAUCAAAGAAGUUGGAGGAGGAGUUUGAAAUCAUUGAAAGGAAGAAGGGGGAACUUGCAAAUUAUCUCUGCGAAGAUGCAAACAAGUUGUCAUUAGAAGAUAUAUUUAGCACCAUGAAAACCUUCAGGGAUCUCUUCAUUAGAGCACUAAAGGAGAACAAGGACCGGAAGGAACAAGCUGCAAAGGCAGAAAAAAGGAAGAAACAGUUGGAAGUGGAAGAGGCUAAGAGACAAAAGGGAGACAAUGGGAAGAUCAUUAAGAAAGGGGCCGUGAAGCAGGAGGAGGUGUGUGUUAUUGAUGCCCUGCUGGCCGACAUAAGGAAAGGUUUCCAGUUGCGGAAAACAGCUAAGAACAAGAGUGAGCCGAACACUGCUCCUAAAGCCUCACCUGCCGAAACGCUGAAGGAGAGAGAGCCUGGAAAGACCGUUGAUGCUUCAGAAGCAGCAGCAGCGAAUGAAAGUGCCUAUGAGACCAAGCAAAAGGAUAGCAGUCAGCACACAGAAAACACUCCUGCCUCAGAAGCUGCUGCCAUUGCAAGGGCUACCAGUAAAGUUGUCAAAGAGGCACCAGCUUCCAACGAAGUGCUUCCUAAAGACGGAGCUGGAGGAAAUUUGCUACAACAGCCCUGUACUGACAGGAGCUUCCAACCUUCAGCUGAAGUUGAGGGAACCCAUCAGCCCAACAAUGGAGUGAGUAUUCAGCAGAUCAAUGGCUCAUGUAGCUUUCCAGAGAACGUGGAAUACAGCCCCAUUGUGUUUGCGCCAUUGAACCCAGAAACAACUAUAAAGUUUGCAAGCAGCUCUUCAGGCAACUGCAUUGGUUUAGGAGAGGAACUGAACAGCUCCAUCUCAGGAGACAAAAACAGUGCGUUCGGACCCCAUCAGUUAGAAAGAGGCCCUGUGUCUAAUGAACAAACGUCACAACCAAGUGAUGCAGUUGGGAAUGAAGCUAAAACUAGAGUUGAAGUAGCACCAGACGGUGCUGAAAUGACUCCAACCAAAGAGUCGAGUUCUCAGCAUACAGAGGUAAGGGAGACAGAGAAAGAAAAUGACCCUGCUGUGGACUCAUUGCUGGACACCUCUCAGGAGAAAUCCUUCUCAGAAGAGCCAGUGACUGAUUCUUCUUGCUCAGCAACAGUCCCUCCGGCGAAAGCACUUACUGACAAGGAAAGGCAAAGAGGGUCUGAGAAACGGAGAAAGAAGAGACGACACAGCAAAAGCCAGUCAGAGGUUGACAUUGAUACUGGAGAUAAUAAAACCAAAAGUCGUUGUGUGAUACAGUGAGGUGUCACAACAAAGCAGAAGAAUAAAUAACAAGGAGUCAGUGAAAUGCUGACAAAUCCGUAUAAUGCUGCCGAUCUCUAGGAAGCACGUUCCACAGUGUUGAAAUUCCAUUACUGAUCAUGUUUGUAGUAAUAUCUUGGGAUGUAAAGUUUCUUCUAAAAUGGUCUUUCACUAAUCCUUCCUUGGGGAUUCUAUGUAGCCAGCAAAUAACCGCCAGAUGCAAGAGACUUAAGCACCUUCAGAAUGUGCCUUAUGUGAAUGCUGCCAGGGUCUGAUGCUGAAAACGCUUCAUGCCCAGAACUUCUGUGGAAGCUGAUGGGAGUUCCACGUGUCGAGGGCUGAUAGGAAUAGGCCUCUGAUAAACUUCAUUUGGGGUCAAAUCCUGCAGUCCCUUCCUAGGCCAAACUCUUACUGAAGACAAUGAGGCCAUGGCCCGGGAAAUGACUGCAGCAUUUUAUCCCAUGAGUCAUUUUAAAGACAGCAGUGCCUCCAAAACUGAAUUAGGCACUGUCAUCAGCAUCUGAUUGGAAAUCUGUUACUUCCCAUUCUAGUGUCCUAUCAACAAUUGGAACUGAUGUUGGACCAAAUAAAAGACCCAAUUCAGAUGAAUAUACUUUCCCUUGCUAUCGUUUUAGACAGGGGGUAUCUAUUAAAGGAAAAUGUGUCGUAGUGAACAGCUGGCUGUUUGAACACUAAGGACUUGUCUAUAUGGAGAGUUAGUUUGUGUCAAGUUGGAGUACAAAUGUACUGUACGCUGGCCUUCUGCACGCUAACUGGUUAUGUGGACCCUGGUACCACACACUAAAAGUUUUACAGUGCACUUUGAUCUACUCCAGUUUCAGUUUGGGGCCGUAUUCUACUUAUUUUAAAUGGGAAUAGAUUAAAGUGCACUACAGAACUUCUAGUGGGCAUUCGGAGGGUCCACACUGCCUGUUAGUGUGCGUGACAGGCUGGGGCAUUGCACUCCAGCUUUCUGUAUACUAACUCUCCAUAUACACAAGUCCUAAGGCCUGGAUCCUGUAAAGACUUAAACACACAUUAGCUUUAAGCAUGUGAAUAGUCCUCUGGAGUUCAAUGGAACUUCUGACAUGCAUAAAGUUAGACACAUGCAUAAGUCUUUGCAGGUUUGGUGCCUAGAGUAUCUAUUUUGUUAAAGAAACAGGAAGAGAUUUUUCUAGGGUGAUCCAUUCACAAUAUUUAAAACUAAUAUUAUUUGGCAAAUCUCUGGUUCUGAAUAUUUAUUGCCUGCUGCAUGCACUCAAAGGCACUUGGAAUCAAACUGCAGAAUGUUUAGAGGCUGUUUCAGUUUAAAAAAAAAAAGUUAUGCAAUUUGUGCUUUAAAACCAGGAACCUGCAGUAUUUUGUGUUAAGAAAUCAGAGCUUUAUUUCUGAAUUAUGUUUUAUAAUAACCUUGUACCAUAUAAUUUUGUACAUAGCUGUCAAUUUAAAAUUCUGUAUGUUUGUUCAAUCUGUAUUGCAAUAUUAGAUUGCAGUGGGAACUGUGUAGAAAAUCAUUACUUUUAGCGAUCAUGCCUAUAUACAGUAACUUGCUGAGCAUAUAUAAUAGUGUUCAGGCUAAGCUAUUUUGCAUUGCUUAUUAAGACUUGAUCAAGGGUCAUUUACUAACAUCUGUACUGGAUGAAGUUCAGAAUUAAAACAGGGGCUACCUUUAACUAAAAACUUUGCUUGGAGUGUGGUGAAAAUUGGUUAACUACAGCAAUUACCAGUUUAGAAUGGAGCGCUGUCAUUAUCAGAUUCAGCUGCGAAAAUCCUCUGUAGCAGUGUAGCAAAGCUGCAUUUGAAAUCAAGUUCACCACUGGUGUAAACAUGUAGAGGUUCAUUACCUUCAGUGGAGCUACGCUAUCAGCAGUGAAUGUGGCCCUUCGUCAUGAGAAAACACACACACACACACAAAAGUGCUUAGGGGUCAAUCACUGUUGUAAUGGUCAUGGCUGGAGGGCUAGCUGCACCCAGUUCCCUUUUUGGUCUCUCUGGAUACACCCCCUCAAGUGUCAGACCUUUACCUAUCCCAGGGUGGAAUUCUACAGUUCUCCCAUUCAGACUGGGACCUGGGCUCCAGUACCCUGGGAUUCAAUCAUGCUUACCCAGCAGGUCUCACUGGGUUCCGCAUUUAUGGUUCUUCCCUUCAGGAGCCUGCAGCCAGUGGUGUUUAGUGACAAAACUGUCUUAUUGAAACCAGAGUACUGAUCGUUUUACUUAUAGUAACAAAGCAUGUAGAGAAAAAGCAUUUUAGGACAACAGACAGUCCACACUUGUCCAUCUUACUCAAAGGCUUACCAUCCCCUCAGGAAAGAAUCCUGUGGCACCUUAUAGACUUACAGACGUUUUGGAGCAUGAGCUUUCGUGGGUGAAUUCGUCAGAGCAGUGAAUUUGGCCCUCAGAAAGAAACUCACUUUUUCUUCAAGAGUUUUAGCAUUGAGCAUCAUCUGCAUGAUUAAUCUAUGGUAUAAAUAAAUUCAGACACCUUUUUUUCAAGUUCCUUGCAUUAGAGGUAGGGGUUUUUUUCUUCUUUGUUUCAACAUUUUGAAGGAAUUUUUUAAAAUUUAGAAUUAAAAAAAAAUGGAGAAGAUGAAUUCACAACUUUCUGUUUGUUGGGGGGUGGGGAGGAUUCCACUCUAUUUUGUAUGGUUACAGAUAUUGUUAUGGCGAUUAUAAGUAUAACAUUAACAUAUUACAUUGUAGCCUAAAUAAAUAUUCCUACUAGAAUCACUAAUUUAACACAAUCUUAUCCCAAAGAAUCUCAGUCCUUCCCACAGUGAAAAGAAACAGAAAAUAAAUCAAAUUGUGAAACUAAUAGUACAUUUCACUUUUCAUUUACAUUCCUUUCUUUUCUACCCCCUCCAACAUCUGUACAGUGCCUAAAGCUCAUCCUGCAAAGGCUAUGCACAUGCUUAACUUUAUGCACUUAAGUAGACGCCAGAGAAGUCAGUAGGAGUACUCACACAUCAAGUUAAGCACGUGUGGCAAUCUUUGCAGGAUGAGAGCCUUACACUGCAAGCUCCUUGGACUUUGUCUCCUACUUGGCUAUUAAGCACGCUGUUGGUGGCAUACACUUAGUAAUAAUUCUCUUAGAGUUAUUUUCUCUCAUACUGACCUUGUCUAUGAAUUUACAAUAGUUUUUGACCUUCACAUGGUGCUAACAAUUUCCACAUUCAGUACGUCCUUGGGAGUUGUGUUUAGAAUGGGCUAGAAUGGCUUUUGUGUACAAAAGUUAUGCAAAUACCUGUCUGUCAUGGUCUCUUCAUUAUUUGAUUACUUGUUGUUAUGUGCUAUUUGGGAGAGAAGAUUAGAGAAGCACCAAACUGUCUGUCAAGGAAAUUUACAGAUAAAUGUAAAAGUUAACCAAUUUUCAUCCCCUCUAAAUGUAAAGCUUAGUUCUACAGCUUAAUGUUUCUGGCUUUCUGUGUGUAAAGGAUUGGUUUUCUGUACAUGGUACUCUAUUUGGAGUAAAAUAUAGAGCUUACCAAUAAUAAAUCAGCACUAUAUGAA